CACUCAUAGUUUGCUGGGGUCGCACGUGUGCCCACACUGCGAGCAAAAUUAACUGGCUGCCAGCUUGCUCGCUGCCUGCUGUCAGCUUUCAAGUCGGCGUUUCCGCAGCAGUGAGGACGAUCACUCGCACACAAGCAUGUAUGCGGAGUCUAUUACAGAUCAGAUACAGAGCAUGGCCGGCCGUUCUUUCCACACCAAACCUACCAUGGCGGCGAACGCGUUCGCGCGCUUUCGGGCAGCGCGCGGCCUCAUGCUGCUGGUGACUCUUUGUGUAAUAAGUUGCAUGGGUGUCCGUGCUGAUGAGUUGACGCAGGCAGGGGGCACAACCACCGACACCAUCACCACUGUGCAGUGGCUGCCCUCAUGCCAGCUGCUCGCCAGUCGGGUGUGUGCGCCCACGCUCCUCAGUGUGGGCCUGGCGGCCGUUGAGGCGACACAAGCCGUGGUGGCAGCGACCGGGGCUACCGGGGCCGAGGCUGAGGCGCAGCAGGAAGCGGCGCUCCUGGCGCUGCAUGCCGCCACCUCGGAGCCGGGCAGGAAGCUGUUGGCCGCGUCCCUAGCGGCCCUUCGUUGUGCCGCCGCCCACCCCACCAACGCCUCCGCCGUUGCCGACUGCGGCCGCGCCGCCAUCGCCGCCAGCCCCUCCGCUGCUGCGGCGUUGGUUGGCGCCCUGGGGCCGCCGCCCUGUGCUGGCUUGGCCGCCACCCCCUCUGCCUGCGCCGCCGCGCCCGGCUGCCGUGUGGUGCCCCACGGCGACCACUCCGACUGCGAGCCUGCCGCCACCUACACCGCCCUCUACCUCACCGCCAACUCCACUUCCACCGCCGCCACCACCACCAUGUCCACUGCCUCUGCGGCAUCGGCCACCGCCGCCAGGGAGCCCACGGCGCUGGCGGCCGCGGUGCAGCGCCUGGCUGACAGCUGCGCCUCGCUGCUGCCGCCGCCGGCUGAUGAUGCUGCGGCGGGCUCGGCCUCGGCCUCUGGCGCUGUUGCGCUGGCCUGUGGUCGUGCCGAGCUGCGCGGCGCGGUGGUGGGUCCGGAGCAGCUUGAGGCGCUGGAGCUGGUGGCGGAGGGCGAGCACCACAUACACGAGGGCGAGGAGGCGGGGGAUGAGGAGGGGCACGACCACGAAGGCGAGGGACAGGGCGGCGCCGUCAAGGAGGGCGCCGCGGACGGCCAUGCGCACGAUGAUGAUGACCACGCGCAUGAGGACGAGCUGCACCACUCCCAGGCUGACGACGCCCAGAACCUGCGCAUCGCCAGCGUGUUUAUCGUGCUCACCGCGGCGCUGCUGGGCUGCACGCUGCCCUGGGUCAUGCGGGGCUGGGCGGAGCGGCAUCCGCUGCUGGGUGCGUCUCUGCGCUGCAUGUCCGCCGGCGUGAUCCUGUGCCUGGCUCUGGUGCACGUGUCUACACACGCCAUCGAGGAGAUGAGCGGUCUGGUGGGCGGCAGCGGUGUGGAGGGCGAGCACACCGGCGGCCAUGGCCACCGUCGUUUGGCGAUGUCGCUGCUGGAGCAUCAGGCACAUCAUGUGCCAGCGGCGCUGGCCGCCACUGCCUCACGCCGCCAGCUGCUGCAGGGCGCUAGCACCACCAGCAGCCCUGCCACCACUGCCCCUGCCGAACAGCUGCCGCUGCCGUACGCGGGUGACCUGGCCGGGCUGCUGGGGCUGCUGGACUUGGGCGGGCUGGCGGCAGGUGUGGCUGCCGAGGAGGCGGAGCACCAUGCGGCGGAGCUGGAGUCGGGCCACUCGGCACACCAACACCCCUUCCCGAUCGGCAUGUGCUGCGUCAUGUUCGGCUUCCUGCUGAUGGCGGGCGCCGAGAUGCUGGUGCACGCAGCCAUUGAGGCGCGCGCUGACAAGGCCGCAGCCGCGGCUGCCGAGCGCAUGUACGCGGCUGAGAAGCAGAAGCAGGCGGCGGUGGCGGGUGAGGCGGCGGACGGCGCCAAGUUGGCAGCGGUGCCCGAUGUGGAGGCCGCUGGGGCCGGCGUUGCUGGCGGCGGCGGCGGCAUGCUGCGUCAUCAGGCCACCUCCAACUCGGCGCAGCUCGGCGGGGACGGCGGCUGCGACAUGCGGCUGGACGUGCUGGCGGUGGGCGGAGUGGCGCCUGCGUGCAGCAGCAGCGGCCCGCCGGUGGGGCUGGUGGUGGUGGGCACGCCGGCGCGGCUGGCGGGCCUUGCCGCGCUGUUUGAGCUGGGCUGCGUGUUCCACUCCUUCAUCAUCGGCCUGUCGCUGGGCGUGCUGACCCAGCGGGGCGAGGUUGCGGCCAUGCUUGUGGCGCUGUGCAUCCACCAGUUUGCGGAGGGCAUCAGCCUGGUGUCCAUCCUCAUGGCGGCGGGGCUGGCGGGCUGGCGGCUGGCGGGCAUGGCGGCGGCCUACAGCGUCAUGGCGCCCGCCGGCAUCGCGGUGGGCAUCGCGGUGUCCGACACCUACAACGGCGAGUCCGUCACGGCGCGCGCGGUGCAGGGCACCAUCAACGGCGUGUCGGGCGGCGUGCUGCUGUACCUGGCCGCAGUCAUGAUCACCGCCGAGCUGGCCCCCAGCGCCACCACCGCGGGCGGCAUGGCGGCGCCGGCUGCUGCUGCGGGCAGCAGCUGCUGUGGCGCACCUCCACCGCGGAGGUGGCGAGGCUGGGAGCGGGCGUUGCUGUUUGCCAUCGUGUGUGUCAGCGCGGGGGCGUUUGCAGUGCUGGCUCAGUGGGCGUGAGCAGGGGGGUGCUGGGGCAGCAGAUGCUCAGCAGGUGGCAUGCACAGGCAGGACUGUCCCGUGCGUGUUUGCCACCCGUAGGUCAGGAGGGAAAGCAUUCGCUUGCGCUUGGUGUCCAUACGUACCGUAUGAUGCGACACGGACCAUGCAUGAGCCCCUGCGUGAACCCAUAUGCACACAUAUGGGUAUGCAAUUGCAGUUUGCAGCAGGUUGCACACGGCAUAGAUACAGUAGACAUAAUACCUCGGAACUAUAAACGAAUUGAGGGUGCGUGGUGCGAGCCUCCUCGCAUGCAUGGCUGCGGCGCAACCAUACGGGCAAGGCUUUGGGCCGGGUCGUCCAGAGGAUAGGCCCAGCGGCCCCCCAGCGGUGGGCUAGGUUCACACGCGGCUGUGCCGUAGCAGUUAGCUGAAGAACAUCGUGCAGUCACAGGCGUAGGUUCGUAUGUGUACGGAGAAACAGCCAGUGUGCACGGAGGGUUUUUUGCACGCAGUGCGGAAGGGCUCGCAAGAAUGGUAUGCGUGUGCGUGCUGCCCUGCAAAAGGGUGGAGUAGGCAGGCUAAUGCUGUAUAGCGGUGCAACCGGUGUAGAUAGGCACUUAAACGUAGGCAGGGGGCUACAGGUUUUCCUCACCUGCCUCCAGAUGUUUUUGGGCUGAGCCCCCCGAGCGAAGCGAUCCAGGGGGGGGGCGAAGCCCACUUUUGGGGCUGAGCCCCCGGAGCGCAACGAUUUAGGGGGUGGGGGCGAAGGCCCCCAGGAAAUUGUCCGUGCGUGCGUGCGGCCUCAGACUCUUUGUCCUAACCUACCACCGCUACACUGCGGAACGGCUCGCCCCGAUCAUGUAAUGGUGCGCGGAAUCACGCCAUUAGGCGCCAUUAGCGGAGCUCAAGGAACCAAAUGGCAACAAAUCUUGGCUGGGGCGUGGGAGUGGAUACCCCAGCGGGGGGGUCGAGCCAACUGAGGAUUACGUACUAGAGGCAAUGCAAGAUUGCCGCCCUCUCUGCCGACUGCCGAGGACCGAGAUGCUGGUGUUCGUUGCAAGGUGCUCAGGUGCUGAACACUGCGGCAGGUGCCGCCGCUACAGGCUUUGGCCUUCAAAGCACGGCAUGCCGGUGAUGCUGCCACUGCAACUGACCACCCACU